UAAAGAGCAGCUUGUCAGUUCAGUUCCACAUUUGAGUAGCAGUCCAGCAGUGCAGCAUUACCGAUGACCAACAAUACCCUUACUCUAGCACUGCUGCAGUUGCAAGUGGGCGCAGAUGUGGCAUUGAACGUACGUAGAGCAGCGGAGGGCAUUGAACGGCUGAAGGCGGAGAAUCCGACGCUUCAGCUGGCCAUUCUGCCGGAGAGUUUCAACGCUCCGUACGGCGUGAAGCACUUUGCCAAGUACGCCGAGUCGAUACCAGAUGGGGCCACCUGCCAAGCGCUGUCGCGCCUCGCCCAGAAGCUAGCCAUCUACAUAAUUGGGGGCAGCAUCGUGGAGCGCGAGGCGGAAAGACUGUACAACACCUGCACCGUAUGGGCGCCCAACGGGAGCCUCAUCGGGAGACAUCGCAAGAUUCAUCUAUUUACCAUGCACAUUGUGGCCGCUCACGGAGGGGGUGUGCAGUUCGAUGAAGGGGCUGCCCUGACGGCUGGCUCAGAGCUGACGGUGGUGAAGAUUGGCCAGCACAAGGUCGGCAUUGGCAUCUGCCAUGACAAACGCUUCGAAGAACUGGCUCGGAUCUACCGCAAUAUGGGUUGCUCCAUGCUGGUCUAUCCCUCGGCCUUCUGUAUCUGCCAGGGGCCGAUGCAUUGGGAGCUACUGCAGCGGGCCAGGGCCACGGACAAUCAACUCUUCGUGGUCACCUGUUCGCCCGCCAGGGACAACAUGUCGGGAUAUGUGGCCUACGGCCACUCGAUGAUCGUCGACCCCUGGGCCCGAGUCCAGCGCGAGGCUGGUGAGGGAUGCGAGUUCAUUGUAGAGAGAAUCGACUUUGACAUAGUUGAGCAAGUUCGUCGUCAAAUUCCCAUUUACCAGCAACGGCGCACCGAUGUGUAUGCUAAGGCGAAACCCAAGGCAGACCCUUAAAGCUACGAAUUUAAAUGAUUAAUAAAGAACAAUUAAUAGCAGCGGGAGAGCAGUUCACUGAUACGACUUGACAUGCUUAUCGCAAAACAGAAACUCAAACUGAAGCAUACAAAAUUAU